AUGAAGUGGCUCGUGGUCCUGUCAGCCCUCGUGGCUCUCUCCGAAUGCUUCCUUAAGAUUCCCCUCAUUAAGGGAAAGACUGCCAGGCAAGACCUGCAGGAGAAAGGACUGUGGGAGGAGUACAGGAAGAAGCAUCCAUAUAACCCCAUGGUCAAGUUCUAUCAGAGUGGAACUGAGGCCAUGACCAAUGAUGCUGACCUGUCCUACUAUGGUGUGAUCUCCAUCGGCACCCCUCCUCAGUCCUUCAGCGUCAUCUUUGACACCGGAUCUUCCAACCUGUGGAUCCCCUCAGUCUACUGCUCUAGCCAGGCCUGCCAGAACCACAGAAAAUUCAACCCACAGCAGUCCUCCACCUUCAAAUGGGGCGACAGGGCUUUGUCUAUCCAGUACGGCACCGGCAGCAUGACUGGGUAUCUGGCCAGUGACACUGUUGAGGUGGGCGGCCUCUCCGUGCAAAACCAGGUGUUCGGAAUUAGCCAAACAGAGGCUCCCUUCAUGGCUCACAUGUCAGCUGACGGCAUUCUGGGAUUGGCCUUCCAGUCCAUUGCCUCUGACAAUGUCGUGCCUGUCUUUGACAACAUGAUAAAGCAGGGACUGGUGUCGCAGCCUAUGUUCUCCGUCUACCUGAGCAGCAACAGUGAGCAGGGCAGCGAAGUGAUCUUUGGUGGUAUUGACAGCAGCCACUACACUGGACAAGUCACUUGGAUCCCUCUGACCUCUGCCACCUAUUGGCAGAUCAAAAUGGACAGUGUUACCAUCAAUGGACAGACUGUGGCCUGCGCUGGUGGCUGCCAGGCCAUCAUUGACACUGGUACCUCCCUGAUCGUCGGCCCAACCAAUGACAUCAACAACAUGAAUGCCUGGGUUGGAGCCUCAACCAACCAGUACGGAGAGGCUACAGUGAACUGCCAGAACGUCCAGAGCAUGCCUGAAGUCACCUUCACUCUCAACGGACACGACUUCACUGUCCCUGCCUCUGCCUACGUCUCAAGGAGCUACUAUGGCUGCAACACUGGCUUUGGCCAGGGUGGCAAUGACCAGCUCUGGAUCCUGGGAGACGUCUUCAUCAGGGAGUACUACACCAUCUUUAAUUACCAAUCUCAGUACAUCGGUCUGGUCAAGUCUGUGUAAUCAAAUGAGUCUCCUUAUGAAUAAGCUAUUAAUGUGUAUUUCCCUGUGGGAGCUUGUCUGAUUAAGAAUGACAACAAAAAAAAUGUGCAAAUGGAGAUUGUGGAAAUACAUGUGAACAUUUUGUA